AUGGCACUGAGCAGGGCUGUACUUGUUCUCUGGAUCUACAGCUCGUGUUUAGGCGUGUGCCGGUCGGCGGGACCUGUGGUGAAAAGCCCAGUGUACGUGAAGGAGGGAGAGGCGGCCGAGCUCUCCUGCACAUACCUCACCCAAGGAGAUCCCAAAUUCACCUUAGAGUGGCGCUACGCACCCCCAGGAGUCCCUGCCAUUGAGGCUAAAGACGUGGUGUACUACGAUGGUCAGCUGUACAAGCAGCAGCUGUGGGACAGCAGGAUGUCCCUGGUCCAGUACCCCCCGUCCAAUGGCGUGGCCUCGCUCAGGAUCCAGAGCGUUCGGCUGUCUGACGCGGGCAUCUACAUCUGCGACGUGAAGACGCCCAGCGACUGGACCAACAGCGGCCGGGGCCUCAUCAACCUCACUGUGCUCACGCCGCCCUCUUGGCCAGUGUGCCAGCUGACAGGCAAGACCUACGUGGGCAAUGAUGUCACCCUGCAGUGCCAGAGUGCCACGGGGAACCCCCGGCCCGUCUACGUCUGGAGACGAACCAACCACCAGGUCCUACCGCCGAACGCCGUCUCAGACCAGAUCAGCGGCUCCCUGGUCCUGCGUAACCUCUCCACGUCCCUGGGGGGCACCUACACCUGCACGGCCUCCAAUGAGUACGGCAGCACCGUCUGCGGCCUGACCAUCUCCGUGUCCUACGUGGGCACGGCGGGUGUGAUUGGUGGAGCCGUGAUGGGCGUGUUUCUCGUCCUCCUGCUGCUGGGGGCUCUGGUGGCCUGCUUCCUGUGGAGGAGGAAGAGGCGGGCCUCCAACAAGCUGCAGAACGGACAGAGGUGA